AUGGCCAAAGGAAAGGGACAAAGCAAGAAGCGCCCUGCCGUCGAAAAGAAGUACGAUGGCGGAGGAAGCAGAGUGAACGCCGCAAAAACCUGGGACGACAUGGAGCACGAUUCCGAGGAUGACUUCCAUGAUAGCCGAGGCUCCGUGCUUUUGGAUCACGAGAAGGACCUUGAGCGCCGUCAACUUGAUGAAUACGAGGACAGCGAGGAGGAAGUCUUUGGUCUGGAGGACGGCGAGGACGAGGAGGAGGACGAGGACGACCUGGGUGAUCUCGACGACGACUUUGGAGGCACCAAAGACGAGGACGACGAAUUGGAUCUCGACAAGACAUCCUGGGGUAAGAGCAAGCGCAGUUACUAUAAUGCAGAGGAGGUCGAGUCGGACGAGGAGACUGCCAAGGCCGAGGAGGAGGAAGCCCUGAGAUUGCAAAAGAAGCGUCUGGCCGACAUGUCUGAGGAGGAUUUCGCACCCGAGGAGGAUGAGACUGCCUGGGGUGCCGCUGCUGGACGGGGUAUUUUGGGCGACAAGGACGCUGAUCGUGCUCUUGUCGAGGGCUUUGAGAAGGAGCUCCAGGGAAUCGACCUGUUGAAGGCCAAGCAGGGAGGAGUCAUUGUUGAGAAGAUUGCCAAGGCAGGAAUCAGCAAAUUGUCCAAGCAGGAGAUUCUGAAGGUGCUCCAGAACCAGAGCCCCGAGUUGCUGGAUUUGGUCGAGGAGUUCAAGGAGAAAGUCGAGAUUUUGCAGGCCAUCGCUGAGCUUCUGCAGUUAACCAGUGCAUUGCCCAAGCCCGUUCCUGAGGACCAGCCACCCAUGCCAUUCCUUCGUCUGAAGUACCAGACUCUUAUCAACUACCUCACCAACAUCGCCUUUUACAUCACUCUCAAGACUUCGCCCGACUCUGGCGCUACCGACCUCACCAACCACCCUGUUAUUGACGCUCUUUACGAAUUGAAGAAGUCGAUCGCCAAGCUGGAGAAGAUGGAGAAGAAGAAGGCUGUUAGCGAAAGCAUGGAGGAUCUUCUGGAGUUCUUGGAGGCUGGUGGCGAAUCAGACGGCGACGAGCAGGAUGAGGACGAGGAGGAGGAGGAGGAAAGACUCCGUUUGGAGCAGGAGGCAAAGGCCGCUAAGAAGGCGGCCAAGAAUGCCGGUAAGAGCAAGAAGGAGAAGGCUGUCAAGGAGUCAGCCAAGUCGAAGAAGGCAUUCGAGUAUGAUGUCGAGCUCGAGGACGAAUUCGUGUCGCAUAACAAAAAGUCAAAGAAGAGCGCAAAGUCAAUAUCGACGGACAAGAAGCGUGCUCGCUUGGAAAGUGACUACGGUGAUCUGGACGAGUUGUUGGAUGUCGACUUGGAGGACAAGGCACAGAAGAAGAGGUCGCUCCGUGAUUAUAUUUCCAAGAUUGACCAGAGCGCUAACAAGCGGUCCAAGAUUCUUCGUGGCUCUGGUGAUACCGAUAUUCCAUACCGCGAGAAGUUCAAGGAGCGUCAGGAGCAACUCAAGAGACAGGCCGUCAAGAGUGCACCUGCUCCCGAGAACGUUGAGCUGGAUGACUUGGAGUGGUCUGCCAAAGAUUUGGCUGACGCCCGCCGCGUUGAUGGAGAUAACGACGACGAUGUCUUUAGCGGAGACGAAAACGCAGGAGCAAGAGGACGCGGCGGUAAGGGAUCGGAGGCUGAAGACUUUUACCAGGAAGUUAUCGAUGCCAAGGAAGCCAAGAAGGCCGCCCGCAGAGCCCUUAACGAGAACCUCGAGCAAAGCACGUCAUUCGAAGAUACCAGCAUGGACCCCAACGACAAGCGUUCGAUUUCGUGGCAGAUUCUCAAGAACAAGGGUCUUACGCCUCAUCGCAAGAAGGAGCAGCGCAACCCAAGAGUCAAGCACAGGAACAAGUACGAGGCGGCCAAGAAGAAGAUCAAGUCUGUCAAGCGGGUGUUUACCCGUCUCGAGGGAGCGUACGGAGGCGAGAAGACUGGUAUCAAGACAGGUCUUGCUCGCAGUGUCAAGUUCAACUAG